GUUUGAGAAAAAGAAAGUGAUUAUCUCAGCAAAAUUGCAAGGUGAUGGGCACUCUCUUCCACUCUUUGAUGCUUUUCUUUGGUUGAUCAGAGUUCAGUAAGACAGAAAGAACCUGUUAUACAAAAACAACAUUUUUUCUUCCUAUUCACUUUCUUUCACACCAAAACUCUCUUCUCUUCUCUCUCUCUCUCUCUAUCACUAAGAUUGUGAUUUCCAAAAAAGACAACACAACUGUCUCUGAUUCACCUUGUUGUGUUGUGUUGUGUUGUGUUGGAGUGAUUAUUGCUCCAUGCUACUCUGACAUAAACACACAAACAAUCUUCAGGACCACUCACAAAGACAAUACACUCCUUCCUUUCAGCUUCUUCAUUGAUUUAUGAAUUUGGGUUUCAUCAAAGUUUUACCCUUUUUCGUUUUUGUUCAUAAAGCUUCAAACUUUAUGAGUUAUUAGAAUUGGGUUUGGUGAGAGAAAUUAUGGGUUUGCUUCAAUUUUUGUUUUUCAAGUCUUCUCAAGAUUCAUGUGGUGGUGUUUGGUUUGGUGGUUCAGUUUUUUUGAAUCUUCAGUGAAGAGAAGUUGGUGAACUUUUUUCAAGGAUGUCUGUGAAUGGAAGAGUUUCAGGUUCUAAUGGAAGAUUGUCACAAAAACUGAAGUCUUCUUGGAAAGGAAAUGAAUCUAUGCAUGUGUCAAAUUCUAGUAGAACAUGUAGGAAAAAACUGUUUCUGUUUUGGGUUUUUUGUGUUGUUGUUGCUUUGUGGAGUGUUUGGUUUAUUAUCUUUAGUUUCAAUAGUAGUAAACAUUUGAUUAAAGAAACAGCUUGUGAAAAGAGUGAACAAACCUUGCUACAACGUUACAAUGUCAGUAGGAAACAGUUUCAUGCUUUGGCUUCCUUGUUCUCUGGAUCAGAUCAGUCUAUAAUGCAGAUUUUGUCCAACUGUAUUGAUGAAGAAAAGCUUCAAAUGCUAUUAAGCAUUGGCAUAGUCAACACUCCAAAGUCAAUGUGUCCAAAGAACCAGGAGUUAGAGAAGGAGCAUAGAUGUGUUGAAGACUCUCCAGAAUCUAUGGAACAAUGUCCAAUUCUCGAUGAUUUUGUCCAGACGAGGAUUGGAUUAUCAUUCCCUUGGAAAACAUUGGUAAAAUUGGAUUCACAAUCUUCACUUUUGUCCAAUUUGGUUUAUGUUUUGCUCUGUGGAAAGGUCUUUGCAAUUCAGGAUCAUGCAAAUUCAUAUACUUUAAUUAAAGGAUGCUUUUGGGUCCUUAUUGGAACUAUAAUGUCACACAAGUUGUCUGGCUUCUAUUUACAUAGAAGGAGUCAAAAGCAGAAGCUAGUUCCGGAGCAUCCAGCUACUCAACAAAAGCGGCUUCAACAUUUUAAGCAUGGUCAUUCAAAGGCCGGGAGGUGGAGAAAAAACUUGCUAGUUAUUUUUGUGACACUUGGAAUUGUUGGUUCCGCGUGGUUAUUUUGGCACCUGAAUGCAGACAUUGUGCAAAGAAGAGAAGCAAUGCUUGCCACUAUGUGUGAUGAGCGAGCACGUAUGCUGCAAGAUCAGUUCAACGUGAGCAUGAACCAUGUUCAUGCUCUUGCUAUUCUUGUGUCUACAUUUCACCAUGGUAAACAUCCUUCUGCAGUGGAUCAGAAAAUAUUUGGAGAGUAUACAGAGAGUACGGCAUUUGAGAGACCACUUACUAGUGGUGUUGCUUAUGCUUUGAAAGUUCUCCAUUCUGAUAGAACGCAUUUUGAGAAGCAGCAUGGGUGGACAAUUAAGAAAAUGGAAACGGAGAACGAGGCAUUAGUUCAAGAUUGUAUUCCAGAAAACUUGGAUCCGGCGCCCAUUCAAGAUGAAUAUGCACCAGUGAUAUUUGCUCAAGAAACAGUUUCUCAUAUUGUAUCUAUUGACAUGAUGUCGGGAAAGGAGGAUCGGGAGAAUAUUUUGCGAGCAAGGGCAUCUGGAAAGGGUGUUCUGACAUCCCCUUUUAAACUGUUAAAGUCCAAUCACCUCGGUGUUGUACUUACAUUUGCUGUUUAUGACUCUAAUCUUCCACCAAAUGCUACACCCGAACAGCGUAUUGAAGCUACUGUGGGGUAUCUGGGCGCAUCUUACGAUGUUCCAUCACUGGUGGACAAACUUCUACACCAACUUGCAAGCAAGCAAACCAUUGUUGUUAAUGUGUAUGACACAACUAAUGCAUCUGCACAUAUUACAAUGUAUGGUAUUGAUGUUCCUGAUACUGGCCUACUACACAUAAGCAGUCUAGAUUUCGGGGAUCCGCUACGAAAACAUGAGAUGCACUGCAGGUUCAAGCAUAAGCCUCGACUACCUUGGACGGCAAUCAAUGCAUCUGGUGGGGUAUUUGUUAUAACCUUGCUUCUGGGACAUAUAUUUUAUGCAGCGAUAAACCGUAUAGCCAAAGUGGAGGAAGACUGUCGUAAAAUGGAAGAGCUGAAAGUUCGUGCCGAAGCUGCAGAUGUCGCAAAAUCUCAGUUUCUUGCGACUGUUUCACACGAGAUCAGGACUCCAAUGAAUGGUGUUUUAGGUAUGCUGCAAAUGUUGAUGGACACAGACCUUGAUGACAAUCAAAUGGAUUAUUCACAAACUGCUCACGAGAGUGGUAAAGAUCUUAUAUCUGUCAUAAAUGAGGUUCUAGAUCAAGCUAAGAUCGAGGCAGAGAAGCUUGAACUUGAAGCUGUAGCUUUUGAUCCACACACUAUUCUAGAUGAAGUUCUAUCUCUUUUUGCUGAGAAGUCCAAUGAAAAAGGAAUUGAGUUGGCUGUUUAUGCAUCCAAUCAAGUACCUAAAGUUGUCAUUGGCGAUCCUAAACGCUUCCGACAAAUUAUUACCAAUCUUGUUGGCAAUUCACUUAAGUUCACUCAUGAUAAAGGACAUGUUUUUGUCUCGAUUCAUCUUGCAAAUGAAGUGAAGAAUCCACUUCAUGUCAUGGAUGCGGUGCUGAGAGAAGGCUUAAACAUGAAUCAGGACAUAUCCGAAAGAACAUGUAAUACAUUGAGUGGAUUUCCUGUAGGCAAUAGAUGGAAAAGCUGGGAAAAUUUCAAAAAGUUAAAUAGCAUAAAUUUGAUGGAUGAGCCUGAAACUAUUCAACUACUAGUAACUGUUGAGGACACUGGUAUAGGAAUUCCUAACGACGCACAAAGCCGCAUAUUUACACCUUUCAUGCAGGCCGAUAGCUCCACUUCUCGAACAUACGGUGGAACCGGAAUAGGACUUAGCAUUAGUAAAUGUCUAGUUGACCUCAUGGGAGGUGAAAUCGGAUUUGUAAGCGAGCCUGGAAUUGGAAGUACGUUUUCAUUUACCGGAAAUUUCAGAAAAGGAGAAGCCAAAUCUCUGGAUGCAAAGUGGCACAAGUACAAUCCUUUUGUCUCUGAGUUCCAAGGGUUGAGAGCAUUAGUAAUAGAUAGAAGAAAAAUCCGGGCCGAGGUUACACGUUAUCACCUGCAGAGAUUGGGGAUGUCUGUCAAUGUAAAUACCAGUCUUCAAUCAGCAUGCUUUUGUCUAUCUGAUACUUGCAACACAAGUGUGUCGAUGCAGUUGGCCAUGAUUCUUAUAGAUAUAGAUUCUUGGGACAAGGAAAGUAGUAGUAUCUUAUACUCAAUCAAGAAACAAAGACAAAAUGGCAUCAAAGUGGACACAUUAAACUUUCCAAAGAUUUUUCUCCUGGCCACCCGCCUUAGCCCCGGUGAACGCGACGAGCUGAAGUCAGUUGGUAUUGUAGAUGAUGUUCUAAUGAAGCCUCUUUGGUUAAGUGUUUUGAUUUGCUACUAUAGAGAAUCCCUCAAAACAGGGAAGAAACAAAUUAAUAGAAAGAAAAUAUCCGAACUUGAAAAUUUAUUAAUACACAAACGAAUUUUGGUGGUCGAUGAUAAUGCAGUAAACCGAAAAGUUGCACAAGGCGUUCUUCGGAAAUAUGGGGCAGUAGUUACAUGUGUGGAGGGUGGCAGGGAUGCUCUAAAGUUGCUUAAACCGCCGCAUAAUUUUAACGCAUGCUUCAUGGAUCUUCAAAUGCCAGAAAUGGAUGGUUUUGAGGUGACAAGGCAAAUCCGCUUUAUGGAGAGCGAGGUGAAUGAGAAAAUCGCAUGUGGCCAAGCAUCAAUGGAGAUGUUUGGUAACAUCUCUUAUUGGCACACUCCAAUACUAGCUAUGACUGCCGAUGUAACUCGGUCUUCAAAUGAAGAAUGCAAAAAGUGUGGGAUGGAUGACUACGUUUCAAAACCAUUCGAAGAAGAGAAGCUCUAUAUGGCAGUCGCACGUGUCUUCAAUUUUGGUUCAUAAUAUGGAAGUAACAUCACUUAUUGACACACUCCAAUGCUAGCUACUGCCACAGAUGUAGUUCGGGCUUCAACGUGUGACAGGUGUCAAUUUUAUCAAAUGAAUUAAUGUUUGCAAAAUUAGCUCUAGAUAUUGUGACAAUCUAGAGCUAAUUUUGAUCAACAUUAAUUCAUUUGAUAAUUUUUCUUUUAAUGAAAAAUUGGCAUGUUGUAGAUUAAAUGCAUACUACACAUCACAUUGGACUAUUGGAGGCUGAUUACUUGUGAAUAAAGGGCUGCCCUAUAAACAUGGUACCUCCACAUUGCAAUUCAGCAUAAUGGAUCUCAGAUAUGUCCUUGUGUAGAGAGAUAUAAAAGCCGAUUUCGAUUGCAAUAUAUUACUCAUACAUGUGUCAACCGUGCUAAUUAUAGAUCAUUGCAGGAGAAGAGUUGAAUGUGAAGCUACAAGUAAGGCUACAGAUUUUGGUAGAAGAUAUUAUAGCAGAACAUGAGGACCACUAACAAACCAAUAACCUUUUUGCCAUCUUGAAAAAGGCAAUAAAGAAAAAGGGUUGCAACAAUAUAAAAGGGGUGAAAAAGGAAGUGAAAUAAAUAAUCAUUUUAUCAUUGAAAGGUGUUUAAAAAAAAAAACAAAGCCUAGUUGAAUUGGAAACUUGAAAGAACAUCUGACAGCAUAAAAAGUCAAGAACAUGCUUCUUUCUACAUGUGAUUGUGAAGCAUGUGACUAAUCAAUAAGUGUAACUGAUGAA